UUCUAACGGAUGUUAGUUAAAACUUAAGAUAAAAACUAAUAUUUAAUUUAUAACUAAGAAAAUGCAAAGUCCAAAAUGCAUUUAAUCGCAAUGACAUUCGGUACAAGCAGGACAGCAUUUAAAAAUAUUGCUUAUAUAUUAAAUCUUUUUGUCGAUACUAGUACCAGAUUAAAUAAAAUAAAAUUGCGCAUUAUCAGAUGAAACCGUGUAAAUUUGCAGAUAUAGCACGGACGCGCACCAAAAUGAUGUUUUAUCGGCAGUGUCGGAAAAUGAACGUAGUACUAAUUUCGAAAAUGGAUGUACUGGCGCUAGUGUACAGGGGCUUUCGACCGUCGACGGUCCCAAGACUCCCACGAGGCACGAAAAAGACCGGGAUGGCCAGUUUACUCUACUUAACCUGUGUACAUAUAUUUCAGCAUUUUUAGGAAUAUUAACGAGUGUAUAAUUAUAUUAACAUGACUACGCCAGUAUUAACAAAGAAGCAGCAGAGGCACAGCUUGUCAGCUAAAAAAGGGCCUGUCAAGGGCUUACGGAACAUCUUGGCACAGCCUAAUUCGAACUUCUGGCCAGUCAUCAAUGUAAAUCAGUAUACGGAGUUGACGAAGAACUUAAAUACGAUAUUACCGUCAAUCAAACAGACUAGUAAUAGAAUUUCUAAACAUGUGCUUAAAAAUCUGUCAAAAGAAGAUCGUACGUUAGCUAGGAGAGAAAUGUUAGAAGCGGCAUCUCCAAAGCCUGAUAUAUUGAAAUUUAUGAUUAUGGGUAUCAAUGUAGUUACUCGAGCCUUAGAGAAGGACAAUGUAUGUUGCGUCUUAUUAGACGCUAAUGUUGAACCGCCUCUAAUAAUAAAACAUAUUGUUACUAUGGCGGUGAACAAGAAAAUACCUGUUCUUCUACUACCGAUUCUGAAAAUAGUCACAUUAGAAAAAAUGGGAUUUACCGCAGCAGCUUUUGCUUUAAAGGUAGCGUAUAAAUAUUUUAUCACUUUAAAG